AUGCUCCGCUCACUCUUGCGCGUCUCCUCAGCUUCUGUCCCCCGGGCCUUCCCCUCCACCCUCAUCGCCCGCCAUGCUAGCACAACCCCUGCCGUCAAGCCCAACAUCAAGAUGCUGGCCGAGAUUCGCAAGACCAUCGAAGGUAUCUCGAUGAUGAAGGCUAAGGAGGCCCUUGUCAAGACCAACAACGAUUUCGAAAAGGCCCUCGAGUGGGUUCGCGAGGACGAGGCCAAGGCCGGUAUCAAGAAGGCCGAGAAGUUGAAGGAUCGUCAGGCGUUGGAGGGACUUAUUGGUGUUGUUGUUGGGGAGGUUGGUGAGCAUGGUAACCGUGGUGCUAUUGUUGAGUUGAACUGCGAGACGGACUUUGUGUCGAGGAACGACUUGUUCAAGGGCCUCGUGAGCCAGAUCGCAUCAACCGCACUCUUGGUCGUCGAUGGACCCUCAACCCCCGCCGAAGGCCAGAAGGGUCUCGUUCAGGAUGUCGCCAUCGCCGACUUGUUGCAGGCCCCCAUCCUCCCCGACCCAACCCUCGCCGCUGCUGGAUCCACCCCUCCUGCACACGAAUUCACCACCGUUCAGGAGUCGAUCACAAAGGUGAUCGCUAAAUUGGGCGAAAAUAUCUCCCUCCGUCGCUGCUCGGUCGUUCAUUUGCCCGAGAACCAGCGUGGGAUGGUCUUGACUGGAGGCGCGACUCAUGGAGGCGACAAGCACCCCUAUGCUGGAAAGAUGGGCGCUCUCUCGGUCAUGACCUUGGUCUCCAAGCAGGGAGGAUCCAAGAAGGUCACCCCCUCGGAAGCCGUCACCACCUUGUCCAGACAAUUGACCCGCCACUUGAUCGCCUCGCCAUCCAUCACCAUCCACCAGGAGGACUGCAAGAUCCCUCUGGAGGUCUCGAACGGUGGACAUGCACCCCCCGAGGAGGUUGAUGCCUGGUUGGACGAGCGUGUAUUGAUGCGUCAGCCUUUUAUUUUCGGUGGUGGAAAGGUUGAGCAGGUGGUCGCCAAGGUUGCCAAGGAGGAGGGACUCCGUAUCAAGGUUGUUGAUGCUAUUCGGUGGGAGCGCGGUGAAGGUAUGGUCAAGGCAGAGACUGUUGACUUUGCCGAGGAGGUCCGUCGUCAGAUCGAGAACAAGUAG